UUGAGAAUGUUUGGAGGCGGAGAGACUGGUUCAGUAUUGAACCGUGUCGCGAACAGGAGGAGUUGCUGAGAGAAAGAGAAAUGCAGAGGCGAGGAUGAACGAAGUGGAGAUGGUAAUAUAAUAUUCGCAAAUGCUUUGUAUUAAGUAUGCUGUCGUUUCUACGUGCAUAAUGAAAGGCGUCAGGAAAGGAUAUUUGCAACUAAAAAGCACGAGGCGAAGCGCGAGAGGGAGCAGCGACCAGUGACCAGCCGCAGUUCUUGGAGGUACUGAGGCAACCCUGGCAGCCUGCAGCAUGUUAAUGUAAUGGAAACAGCAUCUGUGCCCCAGUUAGCCACCAAAAUACAUAAUCGGAAACAUAUCAGUACCGUCCAGCGCUAGAUGUAUCAAGCUGUGGUUGAGUUUGUCAGUGGAUGCACACGUAGCCCUGGGCCCUGUCAUGCACAACACCAUGUUAAAACAACAAAACUGGAAUAACACUGAGUUCUCUGACCAGCCAAUGAGAAAGCCAUGGAAAAAGCUGGUGGAAAAUGUAUGGUAUCAACUUAAAAAGUGACUCCCGUCAUCCCUUCUCUCUGAGACUGACCCACAACUGGUUGUCUUGCCUUCUGCAUGACCCUGUUUACCUGUAAGGAAUCCUCAGUGACGACUUGGCUGUGCUAAGGACAUCUGCUAUCUACUCUGGAAGUCGCACGUAGAGCCAACAAAAUGGAUACUCAGAUUUGCAGCUGGCCUUCGUUGGGUUGAGAAUGUGAGGGCGAUGGGACAAGCCCUAUGAAACCAUAGCUGGAACAGCAGUAUAUCAAAAUGGCCCAAACCAGUUUGCUGCAGGGGAAGCGCUUUUACUGCAGGGAGUGGGUGUUUCACAAGAUCCAGCACUGCCUCCAGGAGAAAACCAACAGUCUGAGUGGGGUGACCACUUCCCCCAGGCCCCUGGCCUCCACAUCCCCCAGCACGGGUGCUUGCAACCCCACUGGAGGGAGCUCCGCCGCAGGCCCAGCCAAGGGGACAGCCUGGGGGGUGCUGCUGGUAGGGGGGCCGGGAAGUGGGAAGACUGCCCUGUGCACAGAGCUGCUGUGGCCCACCUCUGGCCAGGGGGCCCAUCGGGGCUUGCACCAGCAGUGCCUGGCCUUCCACUUCAGCCGGGCAGACGACUCGGACACCCUGUGUGUGGGAGGCUUCAUCCGGGGCCUGGUGGCCCAGAUCUGCAGAGGGGGUCUGCUGCAGGGUUACGAGGAGAGGGUCUGCGACCCCGACAUCCAGAGCGCCCUGCAACUUGGGGAGUGUGAGAGGAACCCCUCAGAGGCCUUCAAGAAGUGCGUCCUCCUCCCCCUCCUGAGCUCCAAGCCACCCCAGCAGUCUCUGUUCCUCCUGGUGGACUCCAUCGACGAGGGCUGUCAGCUGGGCGAGGGCGAACAGCGCCCCCCUCCCUGCUCCCCCAGGACCAUAGCCGAGCUCCUGGCCUUCCACCACGAGCUUCUCCCCCCCUGGCUGCUGCUUGUCUGCUCGGCCCGGCGCCAGAACAAGACCAUCACCAAACUGUUCACAGGAUUCCGAAAGAUCAGCCUGGAUGACCUGCGCAAGGCGUACAUCGUCAAGGACGUGCAGCAGUACAUCCUGCAGCGACUGGACCAGGAGGAGGCCCUGCGACAGCACCUCACCAAGGAGACCGCGGAGAUGCUCAACCAGCUCCACAUCAAGAGCAGCGGCUGCUUCCUCUACCUGGAGCGCGUGCUGGACGGGGUAGUGGAGAACUUCAUCAUGCUGCGCGAGAUCCGAGACAUCCCCGGCACUCUCAACGGCCUCUACCUGUGGCUCUGUCAACGGCUCUUCGUCCGGAAACAGUUCGCCAAAGUCCAGCCGAUCCUCAAUGUCAUCCUUGCCACCUGCAGGCCUCUCACCAUCAAGGAGCUUUAUCACGCUGUCUGGACCAAAAACACGACUCUUACCAUAGAGGAUUUUCAGAAGAAGAUUGAUAUCCUCUCUAAGCUGUUGGUGGAUGGCCUUGGAGGAACCAAGAUCCUAUUUCAUUACAGUUUUGCUGAGUGGCUCCUGGACGUGAAGCACUGUACCCAGAAGUAUUUGUGCAAUGCGGCAGAGGGUCACAGGAUGAUGGCCAUGCGCUACACCUGUCGGGCCAAGCAGCUCAAACCGCUGGAGGUGCAGGAGUUUGCGCUGCAUCUCAUCAACUCCAACCUGCAAAUCGAGCCUUUCAACCUCGCUCUGUGGAUGGUGUGGAACGGCACGCCCGCCAAGGACUCCCUGACCACCUCCAUCCCCAAAGAGCAGGAGGUGCUCCAGCUGCUGGUGAAGGCAGGAGCUCACGUGAACAACGAGGACGACCACGCCUCCUGCAUCAUCCAACAGGCGCUGGAGAGGGAGGACUCCAUUCGGACUUUGCUUGAUAAUGGAGCCUCGGUCAACCAGUGCGAUUCCAGCGGGAGGACAUUGCUGGCGAACGCCGCGUACAGCGGGAACCUGGAUGUGGUGAACUUGCUCAUUUCCAGGAGGGCAAACAUGGAGCUGGUGGACAACCAUGGGCAAACGGCACUUACCCUUGCAGCAAGGCAAGGUCACACUAAAGUGGUGAACUGCCUCAUUGGCUGUGAGGCCAACAUCAACCACACCGAUCAUGACGGGUGGACCGCCCUCAGGUCGGCGGCCUGGGGAGGUCACUCAGAGGUGGUGUCCGCUCUCCUCUACGCUGGCGCCAAAGUCGACUGUGCCGACGCCGAUAGCAGGACCGCCUUGAGAGCCGCCGCUUGGGGAGGUCACGAAGACAUCGUCCUGAACCUCCUGCAACACGGGGCGGAGGUCAACAAAGCGGACAACGAAGGAAGGACUGCCCUCAUCGCGGCGGCGUACAUGGGGCAUAGGGAGAUCGUCGAGCACCUUCUGGAUCACGGCGCGGAAAUCAAUCACGAAGACGUGGACGGCAGGACGGCUCUUUCCGUCGCCGCUCUCUGUGUGCCAGCCAGUAAAGGCCACGCCUCUGUGGUCAGCCUUCUCAUUGACAGGGGCGCAGAGGUCGACCACUGUGAUAAAGACUGCAUGACUCCCUUACUUGUAGCUGCCUACGAAGGGCAUGUUGACGUGGUGGAUCUGCUGCUUGAAGGCGGUGCGGAUGUAGAUCACACGGACAAUAAUGGGCGAACGCCUCUCCUUGCCGCGGCUUCGAUGGGUCAUGCCUCUGUUGUCAACACCUUGCUUUUCUGGGGGGCGGCUGUCGACAGCAUCGACAGCGAAGGAAGGACGGUCCUGAGCAUCGCGUCCGCUCAAGGGAACGUGGAGGUGGUGCGUACUCUGCUGGACAGAGGGCUGGAUGAAAAUCACAGGGACGACGCAGGCUGGACCCCGCUACACAUGGCUGCCUUUGAGGGCCACCGCCAGGUGUGUGACGCCCUCAUCGAGCAAGGAGCACGGUGCAUAGAAGUGGACAACGAUGGUCGAAUCCCUCUGAUACUGUCUGCACAGGAGGGCCAUUACGACUGCGUCCACAUUCUUCUGGAAAACAAGUCCUGCAUUGACCAGCGAGGCUACGACGGGAGGAAUUCCCUCAGGGUGGCUGCACUAGAAGGUCACAGGGACAUCGUUGAACUGUUGCUGAGUCACGGUGCUGACAUUGACCACAAGGACGCAGAUGGACGUCCGACCUUGUACAUAUUGUCACUUGAGAACCAACUUGCCAUGGCAGAGUACUUUCUUGAAAACGGAGCCAACGUGGAAGUCAACGACACAGAGGGAAGAACGGCCCUCCACGUAUCCUGCUGGCAGGGACAUGUCGAAAUGGUCCGGAUGCUGAUUAACUAUCACGCCGACGUGAACUCCUGCGACAACGAAAAGAGAUCCGCCCUUCAGUCCGCCGCAUGGCAAGGUCACGUGAAAGUGGUGCAGUUUCUGAUCGACAACGGCACUCGCGUGGACCACACCUGCAAUCAGGGGGCGACGGCGCUUGGCAUCGCUGCCCAGGAGGGGCACAUCGAUGUCGUGCAGAUACUUUUAGAGCACGGGGCCGACCCCAAUCACGCCGACCAGUUUGGACGCACCGCCAUGCGAGUGGCUGCAAAAGGGGGCCAUUCGCCGAUCAUCAAACUUCUCGAGAAGUACGGAGCUUCGAGUGUCAAUGGCUGUAGUCCCUCUCCGGUGCACACCAUGGAACAGAAAACCCCUCUGUCUGUAACUGGGAAGAUGCAGUCCCUUACGAUUAAAUCCAACAGCUCUGGUAGCACCGGGGCUGGGGAACUACAGUCGUCAGGACGCGGUUUACCCAACGGACCUGUUCACGCUUUCAGCUCCCCAUCGGAAUCUCCCGACUCAACUGUCGACAGGCAGAAGUCCUCUCUUUCAAACAACUCUCUCAAGAGUUCCAAAAACUCUUCCUUGAGGACCACUUCAUCCACUGCCACCGCGCAGACCGUGCCGAUAGACAGCUUUCACGGGCUGACUUUCACGGAGCAAAUACAGCAACACUCUCUGCCUCGCAGCCGAAGUAGACAGUCUAUCGUCUCCCCCUCCUCCACUACCAAGUCCAUCGGUCAUCAGCCAGGUUCUCCGUUGAAUGAAUUUGACUGGGCUCAGGUCAAGCCCGGUCUGAAGUCAACCAAAGGUAGUAAAACAGGAAACGGCACUUCGAAUGGAAAAGGGGGAUCUGGAGAUAAGAAAAAGCUCAAGAACAGUGGCUCGAGUCAGGUUUUGGAGUACGAAAUGACCCAGUUUGACAAAAGGGUUGCUCUGAACAAGUCCGUGGCAAACAUUUCCGUGAAGGAUCCUCAUUGCAAAAUCUUGGUCGGUGGGUCAACACAGCAGGACGGGGUCCCGACUCCAGAACAGUUCUUCUUCCAACAGCAGAGCUGUGCAGAGAAGAAGAGGAACGGCAUAAUGACCAACCCUAACUACCACCUUCAUGGCAAUCAGGUUUUCCUAGGGCGCGUCUCUGUCCCCAGGACUGUACAGGGCAGAGGCCAUCAGGACGUUCUGGAGAACUACCCCAUUGGGGAAACUGAACUAAGCCUUAAACAAGCCCUGAAGCUGCAGAUUGAAGGAUCUGAUCCUGGGUUUAACUACAAGAAGGAGACUCCAUUAUAGCUGAUGUCUCGAAUGCCAUUCAUCACGCAGGCAAUGGAAGGAAUGUGCCAAAGCAACCAUAUUCAUCUGCAUAAGAACCGAUUCGUGUUUUUUCCACUCCGGUGGGACGACUCAGACAACCUAGAGAAGAAUGUUGACUGCUGCACAAGGCUUACAUGAACUGAUACUUCGAUGUGCCUACAUCUGUUACAGCCUCAGUCUAAUCAUGCACACUAUCAUUUUAAUUUAAUGUAUUGAUAUUUAAUAUGCAGUGUAUGCACUUUUUUAAAAGAGAGAAAAUGACAGACAUGCAUAUGUUCCGUCAGCCUGUCACUCACCCAUGUGUUCCUUAUCAAACCAAUCAUUCAAAGGAAAUAUACCUAGUUUCGUUUUUUUUUUUCUACAUGUUUUUUGGUUUCCGGCUGCAACUGUACAAACACUGACAGCAAUGUUCCGCAGAGUACAUUGUCACCUUUAACCAGAGAACAUCCAGACAACUCAUGGGAUAUGUUCAACUCAUCAAUACUCUGCCUAUCUAGAGACCCAAAAUAAUCUGUGUUAACCUUGUUAUAUGUGCUUAACAUAUGUUGUGUGUAAUAUGUUACUAGCUAUCGCAAUUUACUCAACAAGUAUAAUCAAGCAUAUUUAUUUUGGAGACAAGCCACUCGUUUGUAUUGUAUACUCUUAUCUUGGUGCUGUGUUCAAAAGUUGCCUGCAGUUAUUUUGGUGAUCUCAAUACUUUUUGUUUGCAAUGUGCUUUGUAGUAUUAGAGAAAUCAGAGCGAAAGUAAAGAGUUCAUUGGAAAUAUUCAACCCAUGUGAUUUCAUUUUGUCCCUGUGGGACUCAUUUGUUUUGUUUAGCAGUUUUAUUUUUUGUGUGCGCAUUUAAAUUGAUAUUUAAGUAAACAAGUUGUGUACUGUCAACAGUCUGAUGCUCCAUGCAGAAUUCUCAAGCAAAAGCAAUGUUAAAAUGCAUUCAUCCCCAGAAUCCAAUGUAAUGUAAAACCUGCAAUGCAAGACAGAAAAGCUUGCUUCUCUUUUAAUUGUUGUGUGGCUGGUUGUGUUUUUCUUGUCUGCAUAUUUUGGAUAUGAACACAAAGCAAAGUGUUUUGUUCCUCCCUUCACAACCGACACAACAGACUUGUAAACUUCGGUGAUAUUUGGGUUUUAAAGCAUUGUUUGAAAUGUAUACGUGUCAAGCCAAAGUUAAACCAGCAGUUGUCUCUCCUAGCAACUGCAGCGCCAUUCCUCAAGAUAAAACUCCAGAGGGAUCGGAGGGAUGUCUUUUGAGAUGGUGCUGCUGGAUCUAAGACAUCUGUUUCUCAUGGACGAUCUUGGGGCUGUGUUAGCAUUUAAAUGUCAUAAUUGUGCUUUUCAUAAUGUUAGAAGUUAGCUGUUCUUGUGCCAACUCGGAAGAGAGGAAGGAGGGGAGGGGAGUGGCCUGCUAUCGCAUGCACAAACACAACAUGCAUUAACCCAAGUCACAUCUCUUGGCUUCUCAGUUUAGCUUGAAGGUAUGCCAUGAAGGUUUAAUGGAAGGACUGGAGUAUCAGUUCUCAACACAGUAUUCCGAAUUAUUUAGCCGUCUUGUCAAGCAGUCAUUGUAUUAUUGCCUGUGUUUGUCUGUCACAUUGUUUUGAAUUGACCUUCAAUAUUUUUAUUGUAAAUAGCUUAACAUGUACAUUGACCUUUUCAUUUUAAAAAAUAUUUCCUGUACUAUAUUAAGCUGAAUUUUCUGAUGUAUAUUGAAGUGCUUAAUAAAACAUAUUUGCUUUAAUGCUGGGAA